CUUAGUGCCUCCUCAGCUUUCUGUCACUCCACCCUCCAAUAAAAACCCAAGUCGCUCACAGAACAACCAUCAAACACGUGUCACACAGAUUCAACAGAAGAAGAACCUUUAGAUUUCUUCAAUAUAUCCAACAGAACCAGCAAGCUCUUGAGGUCUUCAAUGGCUGCUUCGAUUUCUGUAACUGGGUUUAAAGGGGGUUUCUCUCAUUCUUCCCAUGGAAGUUGGAAAACAUCUAUGGCGGGUGAAGAUUACAGCAUGCUGGCCAUGUCUGUGCCGACCACCCUUGUUGGAGUUGGAAGGCCAGUGAGAGCUGUGCCAAUGAUGAAGAAUGUCAAUGAAGGGAAGGGUCUUUUCGCUCCGGCGGUUGUUCUUGCUCGGAAUAUUAUUGGCAGGAAGAGGUUUAACCAGCUUAGAGGCAAAGCAAUUGCUUUACACUCGCAGGUAAUUACCGAAUUCUGCAAAUCAAUAGGGGCAGAUCCGAAACUUCGACAAGGAUUGAUUCGGUUGGCAAAGAAGAAUGGAGAGAGACUUGGAUUCCUUGCAUGA